CGGAGGGCAGCUGGCCCAGUUGUCGGGUGGUUGUCGCGUCGAAUUGUUUGUUAGCCGUCGUCCGGCGAAUGCGUUACCUUCGAGAACACGCGGAACGGCUUGUUGUAACGGUAGCGCGCAUAGUGUGACAUCUACUAUCGCACCACAAAACCAAACAGAAGACGAACGAAAGAGAGAGGAAGGGAGAGAGGGAGAGAGAGAGAAGAAGAAAAACGUGAAAAAUUGAAGGAAAAUCUGAAACAGGAAGGAAGAGUGUGCAAAACAGAAGAAAAAAUGUGAAAUGCGCGUAGGGUCCAUCGGAGUGUCCCGCAAAGUUGCUCGUGCGUAAAAGGAAAACAAAAACGAACCCGCCGCAAAACGAGUGAUAAGCAAACGUGUGGAAGAACAUGACGUUGAAGUUGUGAAACUAAAGUGUUUUUUUGAAUCGAAGCUCACUGAGAGGUGGGAGCUGUGAAGGAUUGCCUGCCGACAUCGCCUUAUGUUUGGCCGGGCGUGAAGAUGAUGAAAAGAAACUACGAUGUGCAGCACGUGGCUGCGGCGAGUCUGGCCAGCAGCAAAUCGCACGGCAAAUCGUCAUCCACGCUGCUCGACAAGCUGACGAAACGCUACUCGGGUGUGAUCGGUACGCGCUUUCUGCGGAAAACACCCGGCCGGAAGGGUGGUGUGGCGGAACCGCUGUCCGACAGUUACGAUAUGUGCGGAAACCGGUCGGAUGACUUCCGGCCCGAGAUCGGUGCGCCGGUGCUUAUCUCCAAGACGAUGAAGUUCGACUUCGAUACGGACUCGUCGGUGGAACAGCUUCCACUGCCAAGCGUGCCAACGAUGGAGCACCGGGUGCGCUCGGUAGCGACACCAUCCACCUCGGAAGAUAGCGAGAACGAUGUGUUUGUGGAUGCGAACAGUUCGCUGCCCAACUUUGGUGAGAUUAAGUUUACGUUCCUGCCGGAAAGCAACAACAACUGCCGUAGCUUCCAGGACGAAAACAUCCGGCAGGGUGGUGGUGGAAUGUUGGAGAAGAGUCGUUCGAAGUCGGCGCACAACCUGCAUCUGCACCAUCCGCGGUCGGAAAUGCGUCUGUCGCUUGCGAAAGCACCAUCGCUGAAUAUGUCCGCCAGCCCGACCUCAACCCCGAGCGGUGCCAUCACGUUGUCCGUACCGAACAGCCCGGCGGUGGAAAGUAUCUACGAUUUUCCGCGCAGUACCCGAUCGGACGGUAUCCGGAAGCCGCACGGUGAAUCGUCGUACGAUCUGACGCGAUCGCAUCAUGUGCUGAACGAGAUAAAUCUAUCGCUCGUCAGCGAUGACAGUCACCUGUACCAGAACCUGCCGAGCCCUGGUGGUGAUGCGCGGUACGAUGUACCACCGGCGGGCUGUCGGCGCAACUCAUCCUCGUCGAACAACUCCACGCAGGAGGAGGAGUUCGAUCUGAAGUCGGCCAGCUUCCAAAGCCUUACGGAUGCCGGACCCGGCGCCAACCAGCUCGCCGUCUCCAUGGACGAGCUGGACGAGUUGACGCGCCAGAUCAAUCAGUCGACGGUGGGGCUGGGGUCACCGCUUCCGGACAGCGAUGAGUACUGCGAACAUCGGAAGCAACUGCACCCGUCCGAACGGCGGCUAACGCUGAUGAAGAACCGUAGCGUAUCCGGCAAGCAUCUAAUUGACUUCGAUCGGCGGAAGGCCAAGAUCACGAAGAAGUGGAGCGGCUUCAAGAGCUGGAUCGGGGAGGAGCAGGGCCGCAUCCGGGAGGUGGUACAGAAGCAUGCCGCCAUGCAACGGGUCGGGCUCGAACCGUCUGGUGCCGGUGCGGGCGGUAAGGUGAAGCGCACCAGCAGCGAUCUGACGGCGAGCGAUCAAGAUUCGCAACAGGAGGCGGACGGUACGACGAUGGUGACGACGCCCGAUUCCAGCGUUGUGCAGCGGGAACGAACGUUAUCGUCGGAGGACCGGGAAGGUGCACGUACGCUGCACCGUAAGAGUGCCAACGCAGAGAUAUUGGAGGGACAAAAUGGAUUCGAAGAGGUACGCCGGUUCGUCAAACAGGGUGGAGACUUCGGAAAGGAUCUGGUCGCCAUACUGCACGAGCGUACCGAGAUAGAGCAGCUGUACGCAAAAUCACUCUCCAAAAUUGCCAACAAACUGAACAAAGCAUGCCGUGAUCUGCCGGGCACGAUAGCCGAUUCGUGGCGAUCCGUAUCGACCGAGCUGGAAGGACGCAGCGAGGUACACCGACAGUUCUCAAACUCGCUGGCGGAGGAGGUUGUAAAGCCGCUGAAGUCAGUGAUCGAGAAUCAGCACAAAGCGCGCAAAACGAUCGAAACCAACGUCGACAAAUCCGCACGCAUACUCGCGGAAUGGCGGACGGCGGAGAUAAAGGCGAAGAAAAACUCACAUGCGGCGGCACGGGAAAACGAAAAGCUGCAGGAUGCCAUGCUCGAUGUGAAACUUCAGCGAACUCCCUCGAUCGGACUGCUUCACAAGACCACCGAGAAGGAGGUAAAAGUGUCGGAAAAGGAUAGCACCAAACUCGAUGGCAAAAGAAAGAAGGCUGAAGAAGCGGUCAAGAAGGCGGAUGUAGAAUAUUACACCCUCUGCAUACGGGCAGAGCGGGCACGCGUGGACUGGGAGAUGUCCGUGUUGCGUGGUUCGUCCAUGCUGCAAACGCUCGAAAGCCAACGAUUGGCACAGUUCAAAACGCACGUCACCGAUUACCUCAAGCUGUCGGCCGAGAUGAGUCCGCUGUUGACGAAAACGAUCGACCGGCUCAGUCCGCAGGUUGCCAUGUGCAGUGUGGCCAAAGAUCUGGACGUGCUGAAGAAUAUUCGCCGGGCGACGGAAGGACCGAGCGAACAGCUGCUGCCCGAUUUCUACUGCGAGCACACCACGCUGGCCAUGAACCGUGAGCGACGGAAACAGUCGUUGGUCAAGCUGCUGCAGCUGAUCCGCCAAGAUCUGGACCGAGAGCGACGAUCGCGCAACGGUCUGAAAGGGUUCUCCCAGACGCUGGAUAAGAACGGUGAAAGCAAUCAGAAUAUUGCCGAUAAGCUGUAUCAUAUACGAUCAAUGCUCACAUAUCUGGAAGGUGCGCGUUAUAAGCUACAGUCGGCACUUCUGGAACUCGAUCACAAGCCUCGUUCCAGCCAUCCCCUUGCACAACACAUUCAGAUCACGCGCGAUCGCACAGGCCUUCAGACAAGCGUGUUAAAGGUUCCCUUAUGGUUAAAGCACGAACAGGACGAUCAGGAGGGCAACCUAGAAUCGGCGACUGCCAACGGUCAAACCAUAGUUCACAGUUCGGACGAAAGCUCCGAUCAGGGAUGUUUGGAUAUCAAAAACGAUACGCUCAUCAAACAUAUUGUGCACAAAUACGCCCGGAACGGAUGUAACGGAGACGAGGGACAUUACACGGUAAACAAGGCUGCUGGUAAAUCUGCGCAUCAGGAUCACGAUCAUCACGGUCCGGCCUGGGAUCGGGGCGUAGCCGACGGUGUAUCCAAUCAACCCGAUUCCGAUUUUGAUGAAUUUUCUUCCCAGGAUGAGGAUGAAGAUCGUUGUUCGGUGGCACCGAAGCAACUGCUAGAAAAUGGGCACCAUCCGACAUUGGCAAACGGCGGUAUUGGCCCGUCGGCCAUUGACCAUCCGGACGGUAUCCCGAACCAGCCCACCAUUCUUGGACGCUGCCGGGCACUAUUUAACUACACACCAAAGCUUUACGACGAGCUGGAACUGCAGCCCGGCGACAUUCUCGAGGUGCACAUUAAGCAGGAGGACGGUUGGUGGCUCGGAGCACUCCGUGGACAGAUUGGCAUCUUUCCAGCAACGUAUGUGGAGGAGAUACCAUAAUCAAGCGCUUCCAUUAUCAUGGCCGGCCCUCCGACCUGCCACUGUAAAUAGCUCGAGCAUAUUUGUACAGAAAGAGAGCAACGGAAGCAGUACGCAGCGAAGGAUUUUUAAUGAAGACAGUAACAGCAAACAGCUAAAAGACUAGCGUCGAAUGCAAUCUCUCCUGUUAGGAAUCUGGUUUAAGGAUGCGUUCUCCGGUCAAAUGUGAAGAGAGACAGCAAAUAUCUUAAACUAUCGAAUCGCGCCAGCGAAACACAUGUAAAUAUAUAAGGAAACGUGUAAUGGAAGGUGACUAUCGGUGACAUGAUACGCGAAAGAUAAACCAUCGAACGCACACUGGUUUUGAGAUGGUAUUGAAGAACAACACGAAGGAAAGUGAAUAAAGUGAGUA